CGCUUCUCAUUCAUUUCUCCCUUCCCCGACUUUGGUCCUUCCAUCCGAGCAUGCUGUCUGGUUAUCUCCCUGCUUCUCGCGCUCCGCCGGGCUCCCCGAUCUCCCAGUUCCUCGACUUCUGUGCCUCCCCUGCUUGGCUCCCUACUAUUAGAAUAUACAUUUCCCUGCUUACCAAGUCCGCUCGCUUCGGGCACAGCACUGUAUCCACCCCUUUCUCCUGGUGUGUUUGAUUUCUCUUUGGAAAUGCAUUUUUUUUUUUUUAAUCACGCUUCUGUGAAGAACAAGAACCCCUGGGAGUCUUUCCGAGGCGCCCCUCAACCCUUGCUUCUCACUCCAUUCUUACUGCAACAGAGUUUUAUACUCAAGGGUAUUGACUUCUUCCAACACCUGACCCAAUAGGCCCAGUAGUAUGUCUACCUCAAUAUUAAUUUCUAGUUCCUUCCCAUCGGUGUGCGUCUUCCCCAGUUGAGUCCUUAAACACACCCACACCCAAAAGGUGGGAACGUUUAGGGUGGCCUUUGACUCUUAGUUUUAAUUUUUGAUUGAGUUUGCCACCUAAACGGUGUGCUCUCUUCACUUUCUAUACUGAAUCUGGAACUCACAACAUUCAUUGAAAAAUGAGGAUUUUAAGAUAGAUUUGUGUGCCUGCGAGGUUUUUGAUGGCAGUUUCCCUGGUGAAAAGACUUUAAAAUUGGCCCUCUCUGUUUCAUUAUCUGGGGGAAAUGAGGGGGUCAUCGAAUUGAUGAACGUGUUUUAUAUAAGGCUCUAUUGCAAGUAACAGGGUCUUACGUCUCUGAGUGCAGUGAGAUAACUCCAGUAAUCUGUACAACUGUGCCAUGCUGCCUCUAAUCCUUACCCACUUUUUUUCCUUCACAUGCUGAUAUUGAGGAUUCAUGGGGCUUGAGUCAGAGCGCCAUUCUUGGGGACCCUGGAACGCUAUCAUGGAAACGGAGAGUGAGCAGAACUCUAGUUCGACCAAUGGGAGUUCCAGUUCAGGGGCCAGCUCUCGGCCCCAGAUAGCACAGAUGUCCCUGUAUGAACGGCAAGCAGUGCAGGCUCUGCAAGCACUGCAGCGGCAACCUAAUGCGGCUCAAUAUUUCCACCAGUUCAUGCUCCAGCAACAGCUCAGCAAUGCCCAACUGCACAGCCUGGCAGCUGUCCAGCAGGUGAGAGGCCACGAUUGCUGCCAGUCGACAGGCUAGCUCCCCAAACAGCAGCACUGCACAGCAGCAGACCGCUACCACCCAGGCCUCGAUGAAUCUCGCGACCACGUCAGCUGCUCAGCUCAUCAGCCGAUCGCAGAGUGUGAGCUCCCCCAGUGCUACCACCCUGACGCAGUCGGUGCUGCUGGGGAACACCACUUCCCCACCUCUCAACCAGUCCCAGGCCCAGAUGUAUCUGCGGCCACAGCUGGGCAACCUAUUGCAGGUUAACCGGACCUUGGGCCGGAAUGUGCCUCUUGCCUCCCAGCUCAUCCUGAUGCCUAAUGGGGCAGUGGCUGCAGUCCAGCAGGAGGUGCCACCCGCUCAGUCUCCUGGAGUUCAUGCAGAUGCAGAUCAGGUGCAGAACUUGGCAGUGAGGAACCAACAGGCUUCAGCUCAAGGACCCCAAAUGCCAGGCUCCACUCAGAAGGCCAUCCCUCCUGGAGCUUCUCCUGUUUCUGGCCUCUCCCAGACUUCUAGCCAGGCCCUAGCCGUGGCACAGGCUUCUUCUGGGGCCUCAGGCCAGUCACUCAACCUUAGUCAAGCCGGUGGAGGCAGUGGGAAUAGCCUCCCAGGCUCCAUGGGUCCAGGUGGAGGUGGCCAGGCGCCUGGGGGUUUAGGUCAGUUGCCUUCUUCAGGAUUGACUGGUGGAAGCUGUCCCCGGAAGGGCACAGGAGUGGUGCAGCCCUUACCUGCAGCUCAAACAGUGACUGUGAGCCAAGGAAGCCAAACAGAAGCAGAAAGUGCAGCAGCCAAGAAGGCAGAAGCAGAUGGGAGUGGCCAGCAGAGUGUGGGCAUGAACCUGACUCGGACAGCCACACCUGCCCCCAGCCAGACGCUUAUUAGCUCAGCCACAUACACACAGAUCCAGCCCCAUUCACUGAUUCAGCAACAGCAGCAGAUCCACCUCCAGCAGAAGCAAGUGGUGAUCCAGCAGCAGAUUGCCAUCCACCACCAGCAACAGUUCCAACACCGCCAGUCCCAGCUGCUUCACACAGCCACACACCUCCAGUUGGCCCAGCAGCAGCAGCAGCAACAGCAGCAACAGCAGCAACAACAGCAACAGCAGCAGCAGCAGCAGCAAGGAACAACCCUCACUGCCCCUCAGCCACCCCAGGUCCCACCUACUCAGCAGGUCCCACCUUCCCAAUCACAACAGCAAGCCCAGACUCUGGUGGUCCAACCCAUGCUUCAGUCUUCACCCCUGACUCUUCCACCUGAACCAACCUCUAAACCACCCAUCCCCAUUCAGUCCAAACCUCCUGUAGCGCCUAUCAAACCUCCUCAACUAGGAGCUGCUAAGAUGUCAGCUACACAGCAGCCACCACCACAUAUCCCCGUGCAAGUUGUCGGUACCCGGCAGCCAGGUUCAGCCCAAGCACAGGCUUUGGGAUUAGCACAGCUGGCUGCUGCUGUACCUACUCCCCGUGGAAUAACAGGAGCAGUCCAGCCUGGCCAGGCUCAUCUGGCCUCCUCGCCACCUUCAUCACAGGCGGCUCCUGGUGCACUUCAAGAAUGUCCUCCUGCAUUGGCUGCUGGGAUGACCCUUGCUCCUGUGCAGGGGACAGCACAUGUGGUAAAGGGUGGGCCUACAGCCUCCUCUCCUGUUGUGGCCCAGGUCCCUGCUGCUUUCUACAUGCAGUCGGUGCACCUGCCGGGUAAAGCCCAGACCUUGGCUGUGAAACGCAAAGCUGAGUCUGAGGAGGAGAGAGAUGACCUCUCCGCAUUGGCCUCUGUGCUUCCUACAAAGGCCUCCCCAGCAGCAGAGAGCCCAAAGGUAAUAGAGGAGAAGAAUAGUCUUGGAGAGAAAGCUGAACCAGUGGCCAGUUUGAAUGCUAAUCCUCCAAACAGUGAUCUAGUAGCCUUGGCCCCUACCCCAUCAGCACCACCUCCUACUCUGGCCUUGGUGUCCAGACAGAUGGGUGACUCAAAACCCCCACAGGCCAUUGUGAAGCCCCAGAUUCUCACGCACAUCAUUGAAGGCUUUGUUAUCCAGGAAGGAGCAGAGCCUUUUCCGGUGGGAUGUUCUCAGUUCCUGAAAGAAACCAAGAAGCCACUGCAGGCUGGCCUUCCGACCGGGCUGAAUGAGAGUCAGCCAAGUGGCCCUUUGGGGGGAGACAGCCCCUCUGUAGAGUUAGAGAAGAAGGCAAAUCUCCUCAAGUGUGAGUACUGUGGCAAGUACGCCCCAGCAGAGCAGUUUCGAGGCUCUAAGAGGUUCUGCUCCAUGACGUGUGCAAAGAGGUACAAUGUGAGCUGCAGCCACCAGUUCCGCUUGAAGAGGAAAAAAAUGAAAGAGUUUCAGGAAGCCAGCUAUGCACGUGUUCGGAGGCGUGGACCCCGCCGCAGCUCCUCUGAUAUUGCUCGUGCUAAGAUCCAGGGCAAGCGCCAUCGGGGUCAAGAGGACUCUAGCCGGGGAUCAGAUAAUUCCAGCUAUGAUGAAGCACUCUCUCCAACAUCUCCUGGGCCACUGUCAGUAAGAGCCGGGCACGGAGAACGUGAUCUAGGAAACACCAUUACAACCCCAUCCACGCCAGAGUUACAGGGCAUCAAUCCCGUGUUCUUGUCCAGUAAUCCUAGCCAAUGGAGCGUCGAGGAGGUCUACGAGUUUAUUGCUUCUCUGCAAGGCUGCCAAGAGAUUGCAGAAGAGUUUCGUUCCCAGGAGAUUGAUGGACAGGCCCUUUUAUUACUUAAAGAAGAACAUCUGAUGAGUGCCAUGAACAUCAAAUUAGGUCCUGCUCUCAAGAUCUGUGCCAAGAUCAAUGUCCUCAAGGAGACCUAAGUGACCCUCUGCACAAUUCAGACUAAGGCAGAAGGCCUGGCUGUUCAGGUUAUAACCUGGAAGAGCUGUUCCUUUUGUGUGACCUGUGGGGUUUGGAGGCAGAACUCUAAGGAUUGGUUGCUGGUGCUACAUGGUGACAGCUUUGAUACCUUCUCUGGGUUUCACUUUAACAAUAAAAACCUUCUCACUAUUCACACCUACCCUAAUCCAGUUUUUAAACAGGCAGACUAGAGACUAGGACUGCUUAGCCUUCCUUAUCCUGGAGUGGAGGGACUAGCCAGGGUUCACUUCUCCAAGGAGGAAUGGAUGGUAAGGCAAGGAAAUGGAUGCCAUGUAGGUUUGCCUCCCUAUGGGAGAGGUCAGCUUUCCUAGCUUAUGACAGGAGCAGCAAACCUGGUACUCUGCUGGAGUCUCACUGUGGCUGUAGCUCAGUUUUCUGUUUCAUUUUCUCCCUUAAUACUGAAUAUUUCUUCUGCAUUCAUGGCAGGGUCACCAGCCAUCAUAGACACUUGGUUGGUAUCGGUUUUGCUGCAGGGACGAAGUGUUUGAGUGACACAUGUGGCUGUUGCCAUUCUUUCUGCACCCCAGCUCCCAACUGUUCCCACCUUCAACCCUCUUUCCCAUUCCAACGCUGCUCUGUCCUAUAGCUUCACAAAACAGGAGCGUGUGGGGCUGAGGUCAGGACUGUACCUUGGGCACUAUUCCUUAUACAAAAUAUUAAAUAUUUUUUUUCCUCAGUAAAAGGAUGAAAGUUGGCCUCCA